CGGAAGUUCGGCUUCCAAACAGAUUCCCGUUGGAAGAGUAAAAUACAUUAGCUCAUCUUCCUUUCCUAAUUUAUUUUCAGUCUUGGAAUAACCACUUCUGAAUAAGACCAUGGGCACCAGGGAUGAUGAAUACGAUUAUUUGUUCAAAGUGGUCCUUAUUGGAGACUCAGGCGUGGGAAAGAGUAACCUGCUGUCUCGUUUCACCCGGAAUGAGUUUAACCUGGAGAGUAAGAGCACCAUUGGAGUCGAGUUUGCCACGCGCAGCAUCCAGGUGGACGGGAAAACAGUGAAGGCUCAGAUCUGGGACACAGCUGGUCAGGAGCGCUACCGUGCCAUCACAUCAGCGUACUAUCGCGGGGCGGUUGGAGCUCUCCUCGUCUACGACAUUGCCAAACAUCUAACUUAUGAGAACGUGGAGCGCUGGCUGAAGGAGCUGAGAGAUCACGCUGACAGCAACAUCGUCAUCAUGCUGGUGGGAAACAAGAGCGACCUGCGUCACCUCCGAGCUGUUCCCACUGACGAGGCUCGGGCUUUUGCUGAGAAAAACGGUUUAUCUUUCCUGGAGACAUCGGCCCUGGACUCCACCAACGUUGAGACGGCCUUCCAGACCAUUCUGACAGAGAUCUACCGCAUCGUCUCUCAGAAGCAGAUGUCGGAGCGUCAGGAGAGCGACAUGUCACCUAGCAACAACGUGGUCAACAUCCAGGUGCAGCCCACUGAGAACAAACCAAAGAUGCAGUGCUGUCAGAACAUCUAGCCCGGCCACGGAUCUGCUGCUCCCUCCUCCCCCCUUUUCUCCCCCCUCCCCUCACCCUCCCCCCCUUAAGUCCUUACCUUGCUCACAGCUCCUGAAGCCCCGCCCCCUCAGAGAAGAGACUGCCUCGGUGUACUGUGUGGUGUAGGAGGAAGGAGCCACGGCUUCCUGGCUGUGACCCCCACUCUGCAUCAGCUGUACCUGCUCCCCCAGCCCCGUCCCCUCCCUCUCCACUGCCCCAGGUAAAUAUAUCCCAGUAUAAGACGUCACCGCGUGGGGUGGCCCCCCGGCAGAGCCCCUGUGUCGUCAGGCUUCUGCAGGACAGCAGGCAGCAGGCAUUUCAUAUCACGUUAGAUUUCAUUACUGUAGAUGCGCUGACAUGUCACAAAAAUGUCUUAAUAUAUGAAUGUGAUGAGUUUCUUCUUCAUCUUUGUGCUCCUCUUCUUUUCUCCACCUUUUCUAGGAUCUCUCUCUGUCUUCUGUCAUAUAUCUACUCUUAGGUAUAUAUGAAUUAAAGCACAUCAACGUUGCUCUGAAGUGUAUUCCUAUAUUCAAGCUGUCAUAUUAGCCCCACCCCCUCCUCUUUAGUGCAAUGUACUGUUUCGGAAACCACGUGGAUGUACGGAGCGCCAUGUAAACGUGUGCUCCGGUAGUGUCAUGCCAUGUUGAUCUGAUUGCUGUGAAUACGACGCUAAUGAAACGUAGAAACUUGUUGAGCUUCAGUGUGUGCAGCAGGAGGCGUGAGUGAGCCAGCAUGAGCUUGCAUGCAGUGCGUCCUCUUCAAGUCUUUGUUGUGACUCAGUACGUUUACAUGCCCUUACAGGAAGUCAAUUUAUGGUGUUUUUACACUAAAGCUGGACUUGAAAUCCAUUUAAACGUAAGUUUAACAGCCGAUCUAAAUCAAAGUCCUCAUAGAUGGAGACGGGGACAGGCAACAAGUUUCCAAUAAUUUAUUUAUUAAAAAACUAAGGAUCUCAUGGAAUUCCUGAAUUAAAAUGUGUUUUUAUCCAUCAUUUUUACUGGUGCCUAUGUGUCAUGUGGUCCUUUUGUCAGACGGUGGCUGUAGCACAUCUUAAAGCUGCCAUCAAACAACAAAAGAAGAAGAAGGCUGUGAAGUUCGGUGACCCUACCACAGUGUUAAGAAACUAACUUUCCUACUAUUAUUUUAGGAAACAAUCCAUUUUACUAAACAUCUUUAUGUGUUUGAUCAAUUAAACCAGUGAUACUCAA